AUGUCAAAUAUAAUCAGUGCGUAUGCACCCCAAGUAUGCUUGGAUGAGGAAGUCAAGAGGCGUUUCUGGGAAGAUUUGGAUGAGAUGGUGUGUGGUAUCCCGCAUACCGAGAAGAUUUUCAUAGGAGGAGAUUUCAACGGCAACAUUGGAGCAACGUCUGGGAAAACUCGAGUUUCCCGAAGAAGAGAGAUCACUUGGUCACCUUCCGGAGUUCGGUGGCCGAGACUCAGAUUGAUUAUUUACUCUACAGGAAGUCCGGUAGAGGUCUUUGUACGGAUUGCAAGGUCAUCCCGAGGAAGCCGCGAGAGAGGUAUUAGGGGUCUCAAAAGGUUACUCUGGUGGUCACAAGGGAGACUGUGGUGGAAUGGAGAGGUGCAGGGAAAAGUGAAAACCAAGAAAGCAGUGUAUCUGAAGCUAGUGGAAAGUAUAUACAAGGAGGAGAAGAUGGCGAAUAGGGAGCAAUAUAAGUUGGCUAAGAAAGAGGCAAAGCUAGCUGUUACGGUAGCCAAGACUGCAGCUUUUAGUCGUUUGUAUGAGGAACUUGAGGGCCGAGGUGGGAUAAGAGGUUGUUCAGGUUAG